AUGGUCUACGAAGGUGGCGCAGAAUUCGAACAGACUUUCCGACAGGAGUCCCUGUUUCGGAUGGCCGCUGACACGACUGAAAAGACUGCGAGUGAAAAUCUUCCCAACAGUGUUGGGCAGCAUGGUGCCGCCGUAAUUGUCAUGGAGUUGGCAGCUCUCUUUCCACUUGCAGAAACGGACAACCGUCAUCUCCUUGGAAUCUUGGACAACUUGUCGGUGACGCCACAUCUCCUGAUAUAUCGUCGUCAGUUGGUCGAUUAA